UCGCACGCUGCCGCCGCCAUGGCCUGGCCCUGCAUCACUCGCGUCUGCUGCUUGGCGCGCUUCUGGAACCAGCUGGACAAGUCGGACCUGGCGGUGCCGCUCACCAUCCACAAUUACUCCGACAUCGAGGAGCCGCCGGAAGAAGGGGCAGACGCGGGCAGCGGGGGCGCCCCGCAGCCGCCCCGGAUCCCAACAGGUGGCGGCGCUGGCCGCCCCCGGGGCCACCCGCGGGCCGCCUCUGCUCUGCCCGUGUCGGCGUCCGCCCCCUCGCUGCAGGACAGCCUGGUGGGUGCCAAGAGGGCGUCGAAGAAAGGGAGAGGCGGCGGAGGCCGCCGGAAGGAGCCCUUCGCGGCGGAGACCCAGUACCGGCAGGAUUUCCGAGCGUGGCCGGUGCAAAAACAAGGCGCCCUGCCUUGGGUCGGGGAGUGCAGGAGGGGGGAGCCGCCGGGGGCGCCCCCCGCUGCAGUCGCCGCCGCUUCCCAAGCCACGGCCCCCGGAGCUCCUCAUGUGUACGUGCUGCCGGCAGCUGAGCAGGAGCUAGGCGGAAAGUACAGCGGCUUUAAGCAGAUGUGGCCCUCCACCUCGCCGCCCUGCGUCCCCAAGACCACCUCGUACAGGCAAGAGUAUCGCCCAUGGACUGGAGCAAAACGAUCCAGAGCCUCAAAGACGAAACGAGGGUUUAUUAUCCCAGAGGAUCACUUUGUGCGAGAAACUAGUAGCCACAAGGCGGACUUUAAGAUACCUGAAGUGAAGGCCAAGUUCUCUCCCAAUCCUUCUGCAGUAUUCCAGGCUCCGUCCCGCAUCCUCAGUGUAUGAAUCUGGAUUGCACACAUUUCCUGUCCAUGCAGUUUGAAUGUUCAAGUUGUAAAAAUGUGCAACUAUGCAACUUUCAGGAGUCGUGUUGAAAUAAGAGGAAGUAGAAUUCAAAGCAGCGACAGUAAUUAUCAGAAUGAACAUGUAAAUCAUAAAAAGAACUUGAGCUGGAGGCAGCAUAACACACUGUGGAGAAUGACCUAGUUUCAUAGAAAUAGGUUCAUUACUGGUUAAGUUGGCGUCAUGUUUAAGACACUGAAUUUUGGCAGCAAAAGCAAUAUUUGAGGCAACAUGCACCUGCCUAAAUACAUGGGUUCAUAGUCAAAACCAGACCUUGUGUUAUUUUAUGACUGUAUCGACAGAAGGUCAGUAAGAAAGAGACACUGAAUGGCUUUUUGAAGUUUUCUUUACACCAGGGAAUCUAUCUCAGAUUUUCUUUACUGUUGUUGCAGGAACUAUGGUGUUUCAAGGCCGAUAGUAUGACUCUUUGCCCAUUUGUCUCAGAGCAUUGUUUCUUCUCACAAUGCUGAAUAGAUUUUGAGGACAUCUGAAAAAAGUAGAAGCAAAGCUCUGUCUUUUCAAGACUGGCCCAGACUAAAUGCUUCCUUUGCUCCCUCUUUUAUCCUGACUCAUCUUAUUCCAUAAUAUCCUUUAGUAGGGAAUGUAGCUCAUGUCUAAAUCAUUUUCUGUUGGAAAAAAAAAUGUUGGAUUGUUGAAACUUUUCUUGCACAUCAAAGUACCCCCAACAAGAAGGAACUAGUUGUGAUUUUGGAUGUGAAAAAUCUAGACUUCAUCCAGAAUGAAUUAUCUUGAUCAUAAUGUUUCAGUAAACUAAAGGACAUUCCCCCUAAUUGAAUUAAAGUGGGAAGUUUAGAAAUGGGGUGACCAUUUAUUUUGUAUUACUGAGCCCCAUGGAGUCUUACAUUAAAACAUCCCAAUAAAAUAAGUAUCCUAAAUCAUACAAAAAUAACUAAAAGCACAAUAUACAGUCAUUCGUUCACAGCAGCAAUAAAUAUUUCCUAAUGUAAAUGGCUGACAUUCAGCAGACUCUGCUAGGCCUGAUAUAAUCCUGAAAAGUCUACAAAAAGUUUAAAUUAACUGGCAGGGGGAGCAUUCAUGUACUUUUUCUAAAAUUGUUUCCAAAACCUUGGAACUAGUAUUCUGAAGGCUUUGCUCUAACUUUAAUCUUGGCUGUGUAUGAGUCUCUAUGGAGAGUCAUUACAUUUUCCAAAAAACCAUGACAGCAGUAACAGAAAGGAAAAUGCAACAUUUGUGAUAAAGUACCAUCAUUUAUUGGGAAAUAGUAACACUUACUGGUUUAACUCAGAUAAUUGCAAUGGAGCACUCAAAAGCAAUGGCCAACCUAAGUUGUCAUAGUGCAUUUUAAUGUGAAUGUAAAUACUGUAUAUAAAGAAAAAUGAUGGCCUUUUUCAUUAAAAAACAGUAUGCUUGUUAUUUUAUUUAACCCUUUGAGUAUGCAAGGUAGAAAAUGUAUAGACUUGAAAAUCUUAUGAUUAUUGCUUGUGCUCAGUAAUACUAGUACCACAGAAAAUAUUAUUACCUACAGGGAUCAUUUUUAAAUUUCAUCUUUCUACUAAUGAUUUUUGUUUAGUGUCAACACAGUUAACUUUUGCCUAGGCUCUUUUGAGAAACCAUUUCUUAGUGAUAGUUACAUUCCUCAUAGAUUGUACAUUUUUAUCUAAAGGAUUUAUAAUAUAUUACAUGCCAAUUUAACAUUAUUUUAACUUUUGUCAUUUGGAUCUCAGAGACUCCAGUGUGCAAAUAUGAACUCUCUGAUAUGCGUAUGGAUCUUGUACUCAUAGAGGAGUUUCACUGGACUGCAGAACAGGGACGGAUGCACAAGUGGCAGGAGCUCUACAUAUGUCUUGGAGUCCUGUGGAACUUUGUGCCGGAACUCUCGGAUCUAACAUUGGCCCAUUAGAAUGAGGGAAAUAUUGUUCACCAUGAUACUGUCUUUCUUUGUUAGCUGUAAUUCAGAUAAAUUUGGACAUACCCAGAUCCCAUUUAUUGAUAAGGCUAAAGUGUGUAUAGGUGCAUGUAUAUGUUUUAUUGUUUUCAGUGGGAUUUAGAUGUGCCAAACUUGACUGAAUCCAUCAGCCAGGAUUCCAAGAACUUCUUUAGAUAUGCCCAAGAACUUCAGGCUCUCUGAACUGGAUUUUUAAUUUUUGUUUCAUUGACCAUCAGACCCACAUGCUGUUUCACAAACUGCUUUCCAAAGGCUCCCAUUUUAAAAGCAGUUUUCCAGGCAGCCCAGGAAUGAAGGUAGGUCUGCUUUUGGAGUGACAUGUGUCUAAACUCCCCUGGGAUGUUUUUCUUUGGAGCCCAGACCUCAUCUUUUUUGUAAAUGGAUGAAAGACAACAUUGUUUCUUUCAAUUUUCAUAGCAGGAUCAUUUUCUCAUGGAGUGGGGGAGGAAUGGUGAUUUUUUUUCAGAAGGUUGGUUAAAAUAUUCUUAUUUGCAUGUUGAAUGUUUCUGAGUAAACAAACCUGUUAAUACAGCUUGAUUGAUCUAUUUCUGAUGUCUUUUAAAAGCUUUUAACUAGUUUAGUUACUUGCAAUCUUGACUUUUACUAAAUAAAUAACCGCCCACCUUUGGUUUAAGUUAACUUAAUAUAUUUCUUUUAAAAAAGAUGACAGCAGCACAGCUACUCACAAAGUUUGUAUUUUAUGGAGUAAAAAUAAUUUAAUAAAAA